UAUUCUAUUGGGCGCCGGUUGAAGCAGAAGGACCGAGCUUGACAUCAUUCAAUGGAUCUCCUUGUUGUCAUAUUCAUGCAAAAACACCGCCUAGAGCCCUUGCGAGUCUGAAGACGGAACUAAAACAAUACAUGCCGACCCUGUUCGAUACCGUAGGUAAUACAUACCAAUGGUUUGAAAGUUGUGGACAUAAAGUACCUAUUGAGUUACGUGAGAAAAGAACUUGAAAGAUUUGAGCUUGGGACGAUAUGGAUUCAAAUUCAGUUUCCGAAGCAGUUGCUGCUUCUAAUAGAAAUGUUAUAGGUGCAACGGACCCAUUCGAAUCCCUUUCGUCUUCCACCGCAAAAACCACAACUAAAACCACCACUGCGCCCGGGACCAUCACCGCUACAACAAAUCAAAUUAAUCACACUAACCCAACUUCCACUUCCAAUCCCAAAACAACAAUAACAACAACAACCACAACCUCCUCACCGUCUAAUAAUAGGCAUUCUACUAUCCUGCACGCACACCGACAAAGUCAUAAUUCUUCUAAGCUCCCCGCCUAUCGCUUUGCCGAUCUGAAGAAAGAACCCAUCGCCUUGCCUUCGCUUCUGCAAAGUCAUCAGAUUCCACCUUCGCCUGUCUCACCUAUUUCGGAUUCUCACACCGGAACGCAACCAAACACAUCGAGGGAAAUAUCCCCACAGCCGGAGCCAGCGCAUCAGAGUCAGCAUAAACAUAAUAGCGACCAUACUAGCCCUGUCUCACAAGAACAAUCGAGAAUUGAAAACCUGAGUCCAAGGUCUCGGGCAUCCACAUUUCAAUCCCCCCGCGUCCUAUCGACCGCCACAUCUACAUCAUCUGCCAAUGCAAAACGCUCAACUUCUCUAGAUUCGACCACCGCCUCCGCCUCUGCUAUUGGAAAUACUAAUAAACAUACGCCUAUCAGAGCUAGCGUCACGUCGCCCGCAGAUUCCACCGACACCGUUGCCACAGCACGGCCCCGACAUAGACGUGCGCCUUUGUCGGGUAAUUCGGCUAGCGAGACGUCUUCUGGCCAUCGAAUGCACGCAUCUGACGAUAGUCGGGGUGCGUCAUCAGGAGAAGAGAUAAGUAGGGAGUUGGCGCACGGGCAGCGGGAACUCCUAUUACCAAAAACAAUUCAGAGAACCGCGACCGAUGACAGGAGGAACUCUGUGGCAAGACGACCACCCGUAUCAUACAAACCACCCGUAAACUCUAACGCUUCGGGCGUUACUGCAUCUAUCCCGCCAAUUCGAUCAUUUCGGUCCUCCGGCGAGCGGCGGCGGAGUCUCGUGCUCGACAUGAAUGCCCGCUCGAUGCGCGGUUAUGAAGGGAGUGAGGAUUACGGCGAUUCAAACCACCGCGACAGGACAUUGCGCGCAUUAGAGGGGAGACGUUUUGACGAUGCCUCACAGAUAACACCGCCCGAUUCAGCAGGAGAUCGUCCGGACGGUGAUGAUAGUGGAGAUCUAUUUCUUAAGAUCGCGCGAGAGGACACAUUACGCCGCAAUGCUGACAACAAUGGAAACUAUGGAGACAGCCAAAGUGCCCUUUCACGAGUAGCACGAACCAAUCGACGACCUCUCUCCGUAGGCGUCUCCUCAUAUCAACCUUCUUCACCUCCCCAAGUAGUUCGUCGCAUGUCAGAUCAGGAGACUUCCAGAUCUCGAGGUUUUGAAGACCAGCCAGGAGAAAGAGUCGCCCGUAGUCUUACUUACAGAGGCAUAUCCAGAGACAAGCAAACCGACGAGAUGAAACUCAAAAGUGCCAGCAAUACUCCUCUUCGCGCUUCUCCAUUGACCCCUCGAUCGAUGGUAUUCCAAGAUGGUCUUUCUUCUGACCAAGGGUCUGUCUCCAAUCGAAGAAGACAGGCUUCAAUCGACAACGGCUCUAAUCACCCAUCCCGCAUGUCAUCGCUGAAGCAGGGUAGCGUUAAUUACAGUCACCCUCGUACCUAUAACUCUUCGCCAUUGGUACCCAAACCUACAGAAUAUCAGAAACAUGAAUCCCAAGUGGACGACGCGAAUCACGGCGUCGAGGGAACAAAUUCGACGGCUUCCACCGCCGCACCUUCAACUGUAUGGGAUGAACUCGAUGACCUUAAAUCUCGCAUACAUCGCCUUGAGCUAACUGGCAAGCUUCCCCCAACAUCUGGCGCCGCCAUAUCACGAGCAUCCGAAGAACGACCGCCGACCGCCCAUACCAAUGCAACGACUCUGUCAGCUUCUCCGAAACGUGGAUCUGGGGGUGCCGUACAAGCACCAGAGAUAAACAUAUCAAGAGACGGUCACCCAUUAUUACAUUCCGCUCUAACAAAAUCUAAACAAUUCCUCAGCGUGGAAGUUUUCGAGGCAUUAGAGACAGCUGCCAACGAUGCGCUGUCUCUUUCUACGAUGAUGGGCACUCCUGGCCAACCAGGCCCCAUUUCGAGCGGUGCAAGUAGCAUUGGUGGUGGUGGCAGUGGUGCCACCAUUACUGAUCGCCAACUCAGACGAAAAGCAGAUAGUAUCUGUCGCAGUCUAACCGAGUUAUGUCUUGCCCUAAGUGAAGGGGCAGCUCAGCUAAAGCCUCAACAAGCUCCGCCAAUAGUUCCGGAGGAUGUCACGAUUACAAGCCCCACGAUCACGAAAUUUCCCGAAACAAUGACCAAGUUCCCGGGAGUAGCUGCUUCAAGGCGACCGAGCGCCGUAGAUCGUAGCCUCGCAUCGAUGCACAGCAGCCCUAGAGCUUUGUCCCGUUUUGAAGAUAGACGGCUCAACACAACAGUGACGAGCACACUGCCCGCUCCUCGAUACAGCACCACUGUUCCCGUUACUCCCACAGAUGAUAUGGUACCUUCGGCCGGCCGGAAGACAGCGAUGCUGAUAUCUCGUUCUCGUCGAGCCGGAACAGAGGAUCCAGAGGAGGGGCGCAAGUCUUCGCUGUUGAGAACUCGUCGCGCUACAACGGAGGAGCCAGAGGAUAUGUCGGAUCGCAAACCUUUAUUAAUCAGAGCCCGUCGGGGAACGGUAAACAACGAUGACGAAGAAAGUCGUUUCCGCGCUCCCUCGCGCGCUACUACUGAGGUUCAGGGGGGUAGAUCUGGAACCCGUGAAUACACAUCGCAGCUUCCUGCACCUCCUUUGAAAGAAUCCGAGCCCUUGGCGUCUUCGGCUCUCCCUAGAAGGCGUCUUGGGUCUUCGGCACUCAACACUAGAUUGGUGCUCCCGGCGACAUCAUCACCAAACAUCGCUACACCUCAACGGCGAUAUUUCGACCGAUCAACGCCGGACCGUGAAACUUACAACAACAUCGGAGACAGAAUUGUCGAAGAUCGGCAUCAACGCCAAUAUUCCGUCGUAUCUCGCGCCGGAAGUUUGGACAAACGAGCCAACCGUGGAAGUAUGAUUGCCACGAGCUCUCCCGCAACGGGCGGCUACCGAUAAUGCUAUAACGACUAUGAUACGCUCAUGACAUUGUAACAAUAGAAAGUCAUUUGGGCCAAGGCAGUCCCCCAUUAACACGAACUUUGCAUAGUUAGACGGUUUUU